UUGCAGUCUCAACCUUACAUUCGCAAAUGCGGCAAUGGAUGUACCGAAUACAAAUUGCUAAUCGUCACCGACCUCGAUAGGGCUUCAAAAGCUGGUGACUGGACAUGGAGAGCUGUUACCCGACAAGGUCUCUUGAAGUUGGAUAUUCAUCGUAACCCUCACGUGAGCAUCAAGUGGGACCCAGACAGAAACUUGACGUCGGCAAUGAACGUCAAAGGUCGUGCUAUGGAAUUAUCCGACUUGACGGUGUUUCACAAUAGAGUACUCACCCCUGACGACAGGACCGGGCUGAUCAGUGAAAUCAGAGACAAUCAAAUUAUUCCUUGGGUAUUCCUGAAUUCUGGCCCUGGAAACACGACUGACGCUUUCAAAUGCGAAUGGAUGACCAUCAAGGAUGGUUUGCUCUACGUUGGAAGCCAUGGCGUUGAGUAUAAAACUAAGCACGGCUCACACCGAAACAACAUGUGGGUUAAAACAGUUACUUCAAAAGGAGAGGUCACCAACAAGAAUUGGAUCGGUAUCUACAACAAAAUGAAGGCUUUUGUCGGUAUUCCUGAAGAAGGAUACCUAACACAUGAAGCCGUUCAGUGGUCAGCGAGACGAGGACGUUGGUUCUUCUUACCCAGAAAAGCGUCGAAAACUCCCUAUAAUGAAACAGUGGAUGAAAAGAGCGGUACCAAUCUCUUGAUAAGUUCUACAAAUCUCGACCAAUUCGAGUUCAAAACGGUUGGUGAAGUUGUUCCUGAACGCGGAUACUCGGCUUUCGCCUUCAUUCCUGACACUAACGAUGAUCUUAUUGUCGCCUUAAAGUCGAAGGAAGUGGGUGAUUCUACGGCCACAUAUAUCACCGUAUUCAACAUCGAGGGUCAGGUUAUUCUUCAAGAUGAGGAACUCAGUGGUAAUUACAAGUUUGAAGGAUUGUACUUCCUGUGA